GGCUGGAGUUUUUCGCAAGAGCUGGGAUUUACCCAAAUACCCACCCCUCGACGCAAAUGCGGAAUGGUAUCGCCCAUAGAGGAAGUGCCUGAGUUCCACACGUGGGUCGGAGCGCUGGGAGAGAUUACAUUGCUGGGGGGGGGGGGUCUCCUUGCUACAUGGUACAGUACGGCUCCUACCUACGCCCGCUUGCCUGUUCAGUAGAAUAAUGUAUAGCCACCUAUAACCCCAGAGAGUCCAUCCGUGCAGCUUUUUGGUAGUUUUGCACAAUCCCAGCACUCACUGAGCGGCUUGCUGUGGGCAUUGCUGUAGUGCAGAGAAAACUUCCCAAGGACGAAGAAGUAUCUUACUGGUGCGCUAAGCUGCCCUGCCUGACGUGUCCUAUAGUUACUGCAUUGGGUUCCCUUGUUGAUUGAUUGUUGAGAAUGUUUCUGGUUGUGUGUCGGAUCAGCAGAAGAUGUUCCCUUUUAAAUGCCAGCAAUUAUGCCCAUUUUUCAAGAGGAUUGUGGCAUUCUGCUGCUCUCACCCAGAGAUCACAGAGGAAAAAUGAAAUGGUUGCAUUGAGACGACUGCUGGGCCAUAUAUAUGGGACAGAAAGAACAACGUGGAGCUCUGUGAUGCUGUUAAGAAGACAUUUUACUCAUCUCAGUACAGAGGGUGAUGCAACUGUAAUGUUUUCAGAGCAGAACCUGCCGUCUAUCAAACUAUACCCACAAGAGACUAAAGUAUUACCUGGCACAGACUUCAACACACUCAGCGAAGACCUGGAAGGGGCUCCGCCACUGUCUCCACUGGAGGAAAUCACAGAGAACGAAGCGGCCCAGAUUGCUGCGGAUCUUCCAAUCCCCCCAGCUUCCUUCACACUCCAAGACUAUGUGGAUCAGUCAGAGACUCUAAAGAAACUUGUGUUGCUAGGUGUUGAUUUAUCAAAGCUGGAGAAACGCCCCAAUGUGGCUAACUUCCUGCUACGGUUAGACUUUGAAAGAGAUGUAUCCAGGUUCCUGCUCUUCCUAAAGGAUGUGGGCUUAGAAGAUAGUCAGCUGGGAGCAUUCUUGUCUAAAAAUCCUUUCAUCCUGAGCGAGGAUCUGGAAAAUCUCCAGAAAAGGGUCUCGUACCUGAGGCUGAAGGAAUUCAGUAAGGAAGCAGUCGCUCGAAUGGUCGCCAAAGCCCCUUAUCUGCUGAACUUCUCAAUAGAAAGACUGGAUAACCGCUUGGGCUUCUUCCAAAGGGAACUGGGCCUAAGCACAGAAAAGACAAGGGACCUGAUUAUACGCCUUCCGAGGUUGCUAACUGGAAGCCUUGAGCCUGUAAGAGAGAAUCUGAAGGUAUGUGAAAUUGAACUGGGAUUCAAAAAAAAUGAGAUCCAGCACAUUGCAAUAAAAGUCCCUAAAAUAUUAACAGCGAACAAGAAGAAAUUAAUGGAAACCUUUGAUUAUGUGCAUAAUAUAAUGGGAAUCCCCCAUCAUCUUAUUGUUAAAUUCCCACAGGUAUUUAAUACAAAGUUGUUAAAAAUGAAGGAGAGACAUCUGUUCCUGGGAUUUUUGGGCAGAGCUGUAUAUGAUCCCACAAAGCCAAACUAUGUCUCCUUAGACAAACUAACAUCAACUCCCAAUGAGAUUUUCUGUGUGGAAGUUGCCAAGGCGUCGGUGCAAGAUUACGAGCGGUUCCUGAAAACUCUGUGAAUAACGAGCAUCUGAGAGCUGUGUUUUCCAUGCUGCAGUUAGGCGCCUGUAUAGAAUAUCUUUGUGUGCAUGGAGAAUAUUUAUGUAUAUAUUUACAAUGUAAUCUGUUUCUACGCAUAAAAGAAAAUGUUGGUCAUAGGCAGUUCUGUAGCAUUGUUACAUAUGAAGAUAAUAUUUCUAAAGCUCCUUAUGUAUUUGUACAUUAACGGAACAAUAUAUAAGAUUCUUUGCUUUGUAUGAAUAAAUAAUGUCCUCCUGGA